CCCCGUCAUAAUCAGAAAAACAGAACGAGUCGUAUGUCUUUAGCCUCCUCUUUCGUCUGUGAUGUCACUUUUUGAGGAUGCAUAACGAUAGCUUGCAGCUAACCCAAAAAUGUAUACAGUAGCGUAUCCUAACUACAUUGGUCUUUGCGAAACCGUCCACUGUUAGGAAACGACCAAAAAGGAAGAUAUAGUAUAUCGAAAGGAUUAGGAUAACUAAAUCGUUCUGGUUAUGUUAGUUAAUGUUAUGGUUACCUAACAAGCUAGCUUGCCAUAUUGAUACUGCUUAGGUAAAUUAAAGAUAUUCUCUCUUCAGUGCAGUAUCAACAGUUCAAGUCAAUUAUAUGACAGCUAGUUCGCUUUCCAGGCUUCUAGAUAGUAGGAUAACUAGCUAGCAGGCUAGCUAGCUAGCUAGCUUGUCAUGACCGUCUCUUCAUAACGUCAGGCGAUAAUUAUUGGUUAUAUAUACUAAUUGCGAUCCGUGAUAACAAAGUGGAUAUCUCUGACAGGCUGGCUAGCUAGCUACCUGGCAACAACGGGAAAAGUCCCCUUUUUUAUGACCUAUGACUGGACCACUCCACUGGAGCGAUGUACCCCCCACCCAGAAAGGACUUCAUUGCUCUUACCCUUAGUGACCAACACAGCCGCAGCUAUAACAACGGAAAGCACCGCCGGCAGUCCUGCUGGAGGAAGUGGAAGCAGCUGUCACGACUACAACGCAGUCUUAUCCUCUUCCUGCUGGCUCUCCUGCUGAUAUGUGGACUGCUCUUCUAUCCCAGCUUCUCAGAGCAAUGGAGAGACGUGUCAGACAGGGCGGUAAGGGAAGACUGGGAUGGAGACUGGGAGAGAGGCCUGAAACCCGUUCCUCCAGGGGUCGGCCCAGCGGUCGGCCCAGCGGUCGGCCCAGCGGUCGGCCCAGCGGUCGGCCCAGCGCGGUCGGCCCAGCGGUCGGCCCAGCGGUCGGCCUGA